CGCGCCGUGGACCUUCCACGGGCUCCUGCGCGCGCUGUAGGCAGAAUCGCUGGCGCUCCACUUUAUGAAUGGAUGGGAGUGGCGCUGUAGUGUCAGUGUCAGCGUCGUCACGCUGCUAAUAGGCGCUGGCGUUCGUCAGUGGACUUGACAGGACAGCAAGUGGACAGCAUACGACAGCGGCCAGAGCGAGACGGAGUCCGGCUUUGGGGGCAAAAGGCAACUGGACGCGAUUCGGUGAGCACGCAAUGUGACAGACAGACAGACAGGGGCAGUUCACAUGUUACAGGGUGGGAGGAUGGGUUAGGGGAGACAAAGGAAUCGCAGGCAUGUAGUUUUUUGACCGCCCGUAGACAACUUGGACACGUUUGUGAGGACUGAAUAUUAAAAAGUUACAUUCCCUGUUAUCACGCUGAGGGACUCACAUGAUUCACAGCGACUUUUUGAUUCGCGCGAUUCAUUUGACCCCCAGACCAGUUGAAAGACCUACUUUGUUUAGUCAUUUUGGGGUUUGUGGUUACGUCGCUAUCUGGAUUUACGAGCUGCAUUCCUUCAGAGUUGUGGCAAAGUAGAGAGAUAAUCGUACCCGUCUCUUUUCAAAGGCGUGACAAACUCUCAAAGGGCGAGACAGAAAGCUCGCAUCAGCACCACGCCAGCACACUUCGUCUUUGUCUGUUUGGAAGAGACUCGUCGAUCUCAGAACUGUUGAAGGACACAUAACUGGAUGCUUUUGUAAGAAGGCAGAGCACUUUACUGAAGCGCGUAACCCGAAAGAUUCACGAGGCGAAAUCUCAAGGGCCCUCUCCAUGGAUAUAGACACAGAUUAUGAGCGACCUAAUGUGGAGACCAUAAAGUGUGUGGUGGUGGGUGAUAAUGCGGUGGGCAAGACCCGACUGAUCUGUGCCCGUGCCUGCAAUGCCACCCUUACUCAGUACCAGCUGCUUGCCACCCACGUGCCAACUGUCUGGGCCAUCGACCAAUACCGUGUGUGCCAGGAGGUGCUGGAGAGGUCACGAGAUGUGGUGGACGAGGUCAGUGUCUCCCUCAGGCUGUGGGACACAUUUGGAGAUCAUCACAAAGAUAGACGCUUCGCUUAUGGCAGAUCAGAUGUGGUAGUGCUGUGCUUCUCUUUGGCCAAUCCGAACUCCCUGCGCCAUGUCCGCACCAUGUGGUUCCCUGAGAUUAAGCAUUUCUGCCCCCGCACCCCGAUCAUCCUGGUGGGCUGCCAGCUGGACCUGCGCUAUGCUGAUCUGGACGCUGUUAACAGGGCUCGCCGGCCUCUGGCCAAACCCAUCAAACCCACAGACAUUCUUCCCCCAGAACGAGGCCAUGAGGUCGCUAAGGAGCUUGGCAUUCCAUACUAUGAAACAAGCAUCGUCGCUCAGUUUGGAGUAAAGGAUGUUUUUGACAAUGCUAUCCGUGCUGCACUCAUCUCUCGACGCCACCUUCAGUUCUGGAAGUCCCAUCUAAAGAAGGUUCAGCGUCCCCUCCUUCAGGCUCCCUUUCUUCCUCCCAGACCACCACGACCUGUCGUGGGCAUCCCUGAUCCUCCUCCCAUUGAUGGAGAAGGUCCAGACUCUCUUUUCUGCCAACCGUUGUGUGGAGACGUCCUGUUUCUCCUCCAGGCCGGGGCCACUCGUGUUCUUGCCCACAAGGUGUACCUGGCCACUUCCUGCUCAAAGUUCUAUGACCUUUUCACCAUGGAUCUUGGAGAGGCAGGGAUGGAGCAGGAGGGUGAGGAGAGCUCAGAGGGGAGCGAGGAAGAGGAGCAAAGCCGUAGAGGAGCCAAAGAGCAGGCUGGGCGUACCAAGAGCCUGGACAUUGAUAAGGAGAGUGAAGGAGGCACUAGGGGUUCAGAUAGGCUGCUCAUGUUGCAGCAAGGCUCACUGAGGACUUCACAGAGCGAUAACGCUCUACCUGCCAGGGACCAGCACUCUAUAGGACCUCUGGGAUCAGGCCGUGCUCUUUUGGGAUGGGGGCGUGGUUUCUUGGGGGUAUACUUGGAGAGGGUGGAUGACCCUGUGACAGGUUGUCCGAGACUCAUGACAGUAGUUUCAAUGGAUGAUCUCAUUCAGAAGGGGCCUUUCCAGGCAGUGCUGCAGUACCUAUAUACGGGUCACCUGGAUGAGACACGUGGGGAUCUGAUGCAUGUGGCCACCAUCGCCGAGCUUCUGGAGGUCUUCGACCUCCGUAUGAUGGUGGCCAACGUCCUGAACCGUGAGAGCUUCAUGAACCAAGAGAUCACCAAAGCCUUCCAUGUGCGUCGUGCCAACCGCAUCAAAGAGUGCCUGAGCAAGGGCACCUUUGCUGAUGUGGUGUUUCGACUGGACGAUGGGUAUCUGCCAGCCCACAAGCCACUGCUCAUCUCAAGCUGUGAUUGGAUGGCAGCCAUGUUUCGUGGGUCCUUCAUGGAGAGUUACAUUGAGGAGGUCUCUAUCCCCAACACCAGUUGUGCCUGCAUGAGAGCCGUUCUGGAGUUUUUGUACUGUGGUGUGUUAACACCUUGUCCUGAACUGGAGCCAAUUGACCUUAUAAUACUAGCCAACCGCCUCUGUCUUCCCCACCUUGUAGCUCUUACAGAGCAACAUGCCGUUGAGGAGCUGUUGCAGUUGUCCGUUAAAGGGGUGGACAUUGAUGGCCAUGUGCUGGCCUAUCUGGAGAUGGCUCAGUUCCACAAUGCCAAGCAGCUCUCUGCCUGGUGUCUGCAUCACAUCUGCACCAACUACAAUAGCGUUUGUCGAAAAUUCCCUAAAGAUAUGAAGACUAUGUCUCCUGAAAACCAGAAACACUUUGAGAAGCACCGCUGGCCCCCUGUCUGGUUCCUGAAGGAGGAAGACCGCUACCUUCGUUCUCAAAAAGAGCGAGAGCGUGAGGAGGAGAUCUUACGCAAGCAGCACACCAAAAGGGGCUGGUGUUUCUGGAGACAUCCAUCUUCCUCAGCACCCCACAUUUCCUGAGGGUCUGUGUCCAUCCAUCCAUUCAAACCCUCUGUACCCCUCUCCCUCAUCUCAGUCCAGAGGCAUGUAGCCAAGCCUGGGGAGCCCUGUUUCUGUGCAUCCAUCCCGACUGCUGGAAGCGAGUCUGGGUCUUCUUUGCCUCUGAGCUUUAACCUUCCCUCCCGCUUUGGGCCUUAGCUGGCUGCCCGCCAUGAGAGCUCGAAGCAUAUGUGUCAUUAAAUGGGAGACGGCUCGGAGAAAGUCUGAAAUCUUUCUCACUCUCAAUGUUACAUGUUCUACUAAGCGAAUGCAACAGGUCUAGCCGCAGCAUCACAUAGGGAAUAGCAUCAUUGCAGUGACCUGCUUUCGCCUCUUAAGACUGUUAUUAUUAUACAAGACCACACACGCACUCACACCAGCACCCCGUCUGAGCGCCGGCGCUCUGGGAAAACCAUCAUGUUCAAUGCCUACAAGCUGAAACAUAGCUUAGCUUUGAAUACAAAUAGCAACUAAAAUGGUGGCAGGGAUAUAUAUAAAAUAAUAAAUUGUUCAGAUAAAGGGGUUAUUGCCCUUGCCUAUAUUCUCACUAAAAACAGUUCUCCAUUUUGGAUCUUCCAUUGCCCCAUAUUGGCUCUGAAUACCAAUCUGUUGCCUACUGAAGAACUGUUUUUUCAGAUUGGUUGUCCUGUUACUAAAUUUUGCUCAUGUGGUAGAACAGAAGGGGUGUGUAGUUCAGGUCUGUCACUCACUAAAAAAACUCAAGGCCAGCACCAAAGACAGACAUACACACAGACAACUCAUUCAAACACAAACGCCUUACCAAAAUCUGCAGAAACAAAGAGUUGACAGCAAGUAAACUACAGAAUUAGGGCUAUUUUACCACUGCCAGGACAGUAUUAACAGUCAUGGCUGUUAUAUGACGUUCUGUAGAUUGAGCUUUGUGAUAUGACCACUAGCAAGCUCCUCGACUUGCUUGCCUUUCACCUCCACCACUGGGGGGCAUCCAUGCCUUCUGAGUUUACCCUGCUUUUUAGAAACUAUUAGCUACUCAUUUGUUUGUUUCAGAUCUUCACAUCCUUGUGAAAUGCACUUGUUUUUGUAGCACUACUUCAGUCUGAGAUAUUGGCAAACCAAAAAGUAGAUUGCAAUGUUUAGUAUUCCUUCGCCAUUCCCCUCUAUUACUCCUCUGCUCCUCUACCUCUGCAGUUAGCCAAACUGAGGGAGAAACUAUGGAUCCACUUCCUGUAGUGUUUGAUACGUUGCAAUGUGAUGCUUCACUUUGCACUUUACAUACACAGAUACAAUCGGUGCUCAGGAUUAACCGGCUAAAUGUCACAGCGUUCAACCUUUCACCCAUUAUAUCUUUUAAGGGGCGGUUACACUAGACUUUGAGCAACAGGUGUGAUGUGAUGUCACGCUAUGUUGUGU